CCUGUUCUCUGUUCUGUGUUCUCGCCUGGUUUCUAUUGACAAUGGCUCACAAUAAUCUGACUGUGGCGCUACUGGCGCUGGCCGGUUGCCUGUGCUGGACGCUCGUGCUGGCGUCGCCCGACGAGGAGCGCUAUGUGGAAAAGGAGUACAAUCGCGAUCUGUAUGAUUGGAUCAACAAUGUGGCACGCUAUGGACGCGUCCAAGUGCCUGCCACACUCUGCAAGUAUCCCAACUAUCUGCCCAAUUCAUUGCCCACCAAUAUGCGCAUGCCCAAACGAAACUCGGAGCUAAUCAACUCGCUGCUCAGCUUGCCCAAAAACAUGAACGAAGCGGGCAAGUAAAUGUUGAUGAAGAGCAAAGUAUUUACAACUCGUUUAUAUAAUGAUAAAGCUAUGAUAUAUAGAGAAGCAAGACGGUAUAUUACUAAGUAUAUAAAUCGCUUUAGAGUUACUAACUAAUAUACAAUACAUAUUCAAAAAGACAAAAAAAAAACAAAGUGCAAGAGGAAAGCACAUAAAAAAAAUUGUUGAAGCCUUUCUAAGUUCUUCUGUUUCCGUAUGACUCUCAAAGAAUUCACCAAUUGCCUGCACAAAUUGUUUAAAUAUAUUUUAUGCGCAUUU